CGGUACUUGGUGCACAGUGACUUCUGUUCGGGUGCACCAUUGCUAACUGCGUCGUACGGAAACAGGGGAUAGCCGGGAACCGUUUCUUCUUGAGGAGGGAAGUUCGUCUUUGACGCUUGAGGCUGUGGAUAGUGUUUGUGAAAACAAGACGCGGGAGACAUGAAGACAAGAAGUAGCAAGGCGUAUGCUGAGGGGAAUCAAAAUUUGGUUCGGCCGCCGAUCCGAACAGUGAAGCGUAAGGCAAAAGUUCCAGUGGCUGGCGAGACCUCGGAUGACGAAUCCACUGGCAGUCCCCCCAAAAAUCCACGCAUUGAUGACGAAAGCAAGAACAAAAAAGAAGACAUGUUUGAAAUGGGGGACUUGGAACAUGAAGGAGGCACUAUAAUUGAUGACAAACAUGAAGAAAGUGAGAAUGACUUAAACAAAGAAGCAGAGCCAAUGAAUUACACAACCCAGGAUGAAGAAAAUGAAGGUCAAAUGGACCACAAAAACUUUGAUGAAGAAACUGACUUUUCGUAUUCACAAACAGGAAAUUCAUCAAAAUAUGUUAGUUUUGUUGAAAAGGGAAUGGAUAACUUGGACCAUAAAGAAGAUUUGACAUUUGCUGCCAAAAGACCUGCUAAUGUUGAGUGGACCUUCCAGGAACCUAGCAUCCAUCAAAGACCGGCGGCUAAAGGUCAUACUUAUAAACAUGAUAUGACAGACCGUGAUGAAGGAGGAGGUGCUUAUAGACAAUGGAGAAAAGAUGAAACUGUUGGACGAUAUUCUCACCAGAAUACUCACAAAACUUCUACAGAUAAAGCGUGGCAAAGUAACCAUUCCCCCAAGACACCCUAUGUUACUCAUAACUGGAUGGAUCUUGGCAGCAAGAAAAAUAGAGGGAAGAUCAGCCCAGAUGUUAAUAAGUCGGUGCCUGCCAACCAAAGCUUACAUCUACCAAGGAAGACUCAGAUUCCGGCAAAGAUCGAAGACACCUCGCGGAGUUCUUUCGUGUGGGUUCUCCUUUUUCUGCUGUUUGUUGUUAUUGUGGCCGUCUUCACGAAUCCUUUAAAGGUGAACCUGAGUAAGAGCGGAGUUGCAGGGAGUCACAUUGUGAAAGCUUUCCAGGAGCAGUUUAAAGUCCUGCAGUCUCUGUAUCCUACUCAGUCUGGGGAUCUGUGGAAAAGAAGUCGGAAGAUCUUAGAACUCCAUCUUCAGAAACUGAAUGAAAAUAAGCAGCCCGCCAUCAUUCUGUUGACUGCAGCCCGCGAUGCAGAAAAGACCCUUCUGUGUUUAAGUAGACAACUAGCAAAGGCUUAUUCCAACUCCCGUAACAGCAGCUACACUGUGAUCGCUGGCACACACCAAGACUUUCAGGACAGUGAAGAAGCCAAACAUUUAAUAGACGAUAAUCUGAGCUCAGCCUUCCAGUCUACAUCCAGUGCAGCUGUGCUCCACCGACUGGAACUGCUGCCUCCCGGUUCUCUCCUCAUUCUCUAUAAAUAUUGCGAUCAUGAAAAUGCUGCUUUUAAAAAUGUGGCACUGGUGCUUACGGUGCUGCUGGAAGAACCGCAAUUGGAGUCAGGAAUCGCACUCACAACUCUGGAGGAGAAAGUCAGAGAUUACCUGAACAAUAAAUUUCUUGGUAGUGGCCCAAGUGGCACCAAGUCUCAUAAAGAAAUGGACGUGGACAAGUUCGGUGGAGUGUGGAGCCGCAUUGCCCAUGUUGUGCUUCCUGUGCUACCAGAAAGCAAACCAUUGGGGCAAUGUGAGGAAGGAGGCCAUGAAGCAUGAACCUAUGACAACUUUAACCCUUGAAGACCCUUUAGCACUGCUAUUACUCUCGUUCUCAGAUCAGAUGCUUGCCUGUGGAAGGUACCUUUGAUCUUAUCAAAGAGGUUCCAUCCUAUGAUGCUUUAGAAGCAAUCUGCUAUCAUACUGUAAGUCUCUAAGCACAGAGAAUUAGUUAACCUUUUUUCACCCUUCCUCAAGAGGAGGUACAAGUAUCUUCAACUCUGACAAGAUUUUGGCAAAUUGGCAGCGGUUUAGUUUUAAUUGGCAUGGGAAUUUUUUUUUCUUGAGGAAUGCUUUUUCUUCUGUAUAGUAUUUUGUUUUGAACCUAUAUAUAUAAGGUACCAUUUUGUGUGAUCUAUGUAAGUCUUCCCAUGUUCUUAUCAAAAUAUGGCAGCCCAUUAGACCUCUAAACAAGCAGAGCCAUGAAGGAUCGCCUGGUAAUGUAGGGAGUCGUCGGAGUGCCAGAUAUUUUCUACCAAUAAGAACAAUUUAAAGAAGUACAUGGAACAGAAUAA